UAUUAUACAUUUUUUUUUUCUUUCUUUUUGUUGGGUUUCUCUCUGAGGCGGGUUUGACCCCCCAUCUUGGGGUUCUUCAGCAAUGGUGGCUGGUCACGCGCUAUAUUCCUCUCCUCAUCCUCUUCUCCUUCCUCCUCCAAAACCCUCCUCCCCAUAAAUUCCCUCCUCCAUUUUCUUCGCAAUUCGCACCUUCUCUCUCCCCCUCUCGGAUUCUUGGGAUUUUCCCCCCGUCUCUCCUUAUCCGCGUUCCCGUGUUUUCCCGGGGAGAAAAAAAGAAGGAAACUUUCAGAUCUCCCCACUUCGUCGUUUCCCGAUCUGAUCUCGACCCUGUUGAGCCUUUCGUCGGUUCUUGCGUAAAGCCGGGUUCUUGCGCCGGUCCCGGAUCUGCAAAGGGUCGCUGGAAAACCCCUCCUCAGGAAUUCGGACGCCCGUCCCGGCAGAUCGCCCGGAGAGAUCUUGAUCGCCAUCCAUGGGGAAUUGCUGCGCCACGCCCCAGGUCGACGGCGACGAGGCGAGGGGCAAGAAGAAGCCGAACCCUUUCGCGGUCGACUACGGCGUCAGUUACAACGUCAACGGCGGCAGCCACAAGCUCGCCGUCCUGAAGGACCCGACCGGGACCGACAUCGGGCUCCGGUACGAGCUGGGCCGGGAGCUCGGGCGCGGCGAGUUCGGCAUCACGUACCUGUGCACGGACAAGGAGACCGGGGAGGAGCUCGCGUGCAAGUCGAUACUGAAGAAGAAGCUGAGGACCGCCGUGGACAUCGAGGAUGUGAGGAGGGAGGUGGCGAUCAUGAAGCACUUGCCCAAGCACCCGAACAUCGUGACCCUGAAAGACACGUACGAGGACGACAGCGCGGUGCAUUUGGUGAUGGAGUUGUGCGAAGGAGGGGAGUUGUUCGACCGGAUCGUCGCCAGGGGACACUACACGGAGCGUGCUGCCGCUGCGGUGAUCAAGACGAUCGUCGAAGUUAUUCAGGUUUGCCACAAGCAUGGGGUGAUGCAUCGGGAUCUUAAGCCAGAGAAUUUCUUGUUUGCUAACAAGAAGGAAACAUCACCCUUGAAGGCAAUUGAUUUUGGUCUGUCAAUGUUCUUUAAUCCUGGUGAAAAAUUCAGCGAGAUAGUUGGAAGUCCGUACUACAUGGCUCCAGAGGUGCUUAGAAGGAAUUAUGGCCCAGAAGUGGAUGUCUGGAGUGCCGGAGUGAUCCUUUACAUUCUGCUUUGUGGUGUCCCGCCUUUCUGGGCAGAGACGGAACAAGGAAUCGCCCAAGCUAUCAUCAGGUCGGUUGUGGAUUUCAAGAGGGACCCCUGGCCCAAAGUUUCAGCUAAUGCAAAAGACCUUGUGAAGAAAAUGCUGGAUCCUGACCCGAAGAAGCGCCUUUCAGCUCAGGAAGUGCUAGAUCAUCCUUGGGUACAAAAUGCAAAGAGGGCUCCAAAUGUUUCUUUGGGUGAAACUGUGAGGGCAAGGCUCAAGCAAUUCUCUGUGAUGAAUAAGCUCAAGAAACGAGCUCUUAAGGUAAUAGCCGAGCAUUUGUCUGUGGAGGAAGUUGCUGGCAUAAAGGAGGGAUUUCGAUUGAUGGACACAGACAAUAAGGGCAAGAUAAACAUUGACGAGCUACGAGUUGGUUUAAACAAGCUUGGUCAUCAGAUCCCUGAUGCAGAUCUUCAAAUUCUAAUGGACGCCGGUGAUGUUGACCGGGAUGGAUAUCUUGACUGCGGAGAAUUCGUUGCUAUAUCUGUUCACUUGAGAAAGAUGGGCAAUGAAGAUCAUCUGCAAAAGGCGUUUGAGUUGUUUGAUCAGAACCAAAGUGGAUACAUAGAGAUUGAAGAACUGAGGAGUGCCUUGGCCGAUGAAGUUGAUACGAGUGAAGAAGUUGUUAGUGCCAUCAUGCAAGAUGUAGAUACGGACAAGGAUGGGCGUAUCAGUUACGACGAGUUUGCGGCGAUGAUGAAGGCCGGCACGGAUUGGAGAAAAGCGUCAAGGCAGUACUCAAGAGAGCGGUUCAACAAUCUCAGCUUGAAUUUGAUCAGAGAUGGAUCAUUGCAAUUAAACAACGAGGCUAAGAUGAGUUGAUGAGGAGGAUGUUAUCCCGGACAACUAUCUAAACGAGUAGGGGGGUAUAGGGUACGAAUGAGGAACAGUGUAUUUGUUCCUUGGCUUUUCAGAAAUUAUUUUUCUUCGGUUUUUUUCGAUAAUUUUCUCCCCUUCCUUCUAGGGACCCGGGUAUGAACAAAUAGAUGAUUUGGGUCCCUGGCUGGUUAAUGUCUUUCAAAGGAAUUGCUUUGUGUUUCUUUGGUUUGUUGUUGUGAAUUACACACUGGGAAGAGAGAAAGGAGUGGUGGAGGUUGAGAGAGGUGAUUGGUGAAUGUAAAUAUUGAUUUGCCAAAUACUAUUUUCAGUAUAGAGACAGUCGGUCGCUCUUGGUUUUGUUUA